AUGGCUUAAGUGUUUAAUUCAAAGGUUAGCAUUAUCACAAAAUCAGAAAUAAGAUAUGAGGGUACAAUUUAUUAAAUUAAUCCUCAAUAACAAACGAUUGCAUUGAAGGAUGUCCGUUCAUUUGGAACGGAGGGAAGAAGACCUGAUCAUGAAAUACCCCCGAAUUAACAAAGCUAUGAUAUUUUGGUGUUCAAGGCAGCUGAAAUUAAAGGCUUCAAGACCUUGGAGGAGAACAAAUCUGAUGACAUCAAAUUCGAGAAUGUCAAAUAAGAUAAUUAAGUCUAAUAACCAUAAAAUCUCUAAGCACCAUAAAAUAUUGACUAAAUUGAACAAUAGUAAGAAUUAAGAGGGCAAUUCUAAAAUAAUUUCCCAUAAAAUCAAUAAAUAAAAUCUAAUGGAACAAAUCCUAGGGCUUUUGAUUUCGAUGAGAUGCUCCAAAAGGCUAAUGAAAUAGAGAAAAUUAAAAAGCAAGAGGGAAAACCUAAAUACAAUCCUACUUCGUUUUUCGAUUCUCUUUCUACAAGUACUCAAAAAUAAGAUAGAUAAACUCAACAAAGAAACUAAAAUCAGAUUGACACCGAUACGUUUGGCAAUUUUUAUAAAUAAAGAUAACAUAACAACAACAAUAAUAACAAUGGAUAAAGGAGAAAUAAUAACAACAACAACAAUAAUUACAAUAAUAAUAAUAAACAUAAUAACAAUUACAGAAGAAAAAACAAUGAUUAAUAAAGAGUUGUUUAUGUAGAAAAACAAUCUUUGGAAUAAUAUUAAUAAUAACCACAAUCACAAUAAUAGCAAUGA